AUGGAUAUAUAUGUGGGCAAGGAAGGCUUCCGGAGAAAUAUUUUCUGGGUUGGUUGCCUGGAAUUGGUGUGCCACCCCCGUAAUUAUGGUUUGGAUGACACCUCCGACGAUUACAAAUCACUCAAGGAAUGGUGCUCUCGGUACACCUCUAUCAUGAUUGACUCCAUGACCAAAAACGUAAUGUUCUCGUCGCAUCGUAACUCAGCCAGGGAUGCAUGCGAUACCUUCCUGUGGUCGGUUCGCUGGAUUUAUGAUCUUGUCCUCAAAUCGGACGCCCAAAAUCAUCCACCUUUAUAUAUCCCAGAGCCGCUGUAUGCUUUGGUGACAGCACUUAACACUUACACGUUACUAGAAGCAUCUCAUGCCACAAUCUGCCAGGAUUUGAUUUCCCGCUCUAGCUUCCCUAGCCCCAGUACCGCCUUUGCCCAGAGUCUACAGAUCCAUGUUGGAACGUUGACGCUAUAUGAGCGAGAUGGAGCCUUCAAGGUCACGACGGAUUUCGGCGACCCAACUUUGGCUAGUUGUUCAUAUGAUGGGGCAACGGACCCAGAGGAUCAAGAAAGGGUCAAGGAGGGAAUAACUCCUUUCCUCCGUAAUCGUGGAAAAGACGUGCAUCAAUUCAAGGAAGAGCUCGAAGAUUAUAUUAUUCAAUCGUAUCAAAAAGAUCAUGGCGCCGGUUAUGAUUACCAUUUCCAUACGGCGACCCGUUACCUGGCGUCUAUUUGGAAUAAAAUAAAAUCCAGUCCUUGGAGCAAGGGCCAUAACCCACAACCAGUUAAUACACAUGAAGAAGAACUCGAUCCGGAAGAAAAACGUGACCGCACAGGUUCGACUCGGCCUAGACCGACUUCUUUGACAGUUUACACGGCUCGGAUCGUUGAGUGUAUACUUGAGGCACGAGGAACUCGUGAUGAAGACCUGGAAGAGAUGCUUGAACAGGAUCUCAGAGAAUUACCAUCCAGCCUGCGAGGUAUUGCUUCAAUGGGCCUAUCACGCCAUGAUCCAACCAUUAUCCCGCUCGUAUCGGCCCAAACAGAAAACGAGCCCUCGUCCAGCAAGAUUUUGGAAUCUCCCACCGAAUAUCCGCUAGACAGUGCUGAAUACGUGGCUUUAGAUAUUCACAGAUCGCCCAGUUGA